UUUAUAGCGGAUUAGCAGUGCAAUAACACAGUGCAAUGGUUGGCCAGACCACGGCGUUGUUGCUUUGUCUCUGUGAACUUGUCCACGUAACGAAUAUUGCCUUUGCUUACGACAAUAUUGCUUCAGGGAAAUCUACACGGCAGCUGAAUCCUUAUAAUUCUAUUUCUAAUGUAUGGGGAGCGAAUCUAGCGGUGGACGGCCAGAAAUCAAACUUUUCUUCUUUAGGAGGACAGUGUACGGUAUCUGACAAUAAUAAACGAACAGCGAAGUGGUGGGUGGAUCUAGGAGGUGUUCUCAGUAUACAUCACAUGACUAUAUACUACAGGACGGACAAUGUGGCCUGGGAUUCCAAUAAUGGUUACACCGCUCGAUUCCUUGGUUUUUCGGUGUACAUAUCGAACACAACCAACAAAGAUGACGGGGUACUGUGUUUCAAAGACACGAUGUACACCAACGCCACAGUACCGAAUACGACAACCAUAACAUGUCCUAGACACGGACGUUACGUCAUUUAUUACAACGAGAGACUACAGAAUGUCACUUAUCCUGAUGGAUAUUCUCAGUACGCAUACAACGAACUCUGUGAAUUUGAAGUUUACGGUUGCCCAAUACCAGGCGUGUAUGGAGAGAACUGCAAUAAUCAAUGUCCCCAGAACUGUCAGGAGAGACACUGUGACAUUGUGAACGGAACCUGUCUGGGGUGUAUUCCGGGAUACAAGGGGUCUGUCUGCGAUCAGGCCUGUGUAAAUAAAAGAUACGGCCUGGAGUGUAAACAGAACUGUGGUAACUGUAGUGAUGGGGAACAAUGUAAUCACGUGAACGGAAGUUGUCCAAACGGAUGUGACGCAGGAGCUCAAGGCGAUAAAUGUGACCAAGAGUGUGGCUGGACGUCCUUUGGUUAUAACUGCAAUGAAACAUGCAGCAUGAGGUGCUUCAAUCAAACAUGUGACACUGUGACUGGAUCAUGUCCACAGGUGAACAAACAAGAACAUGAAAAUACAGUCGACAGCGCUCCGAUUAUAGGUGGGGUCGCGGCGGCUGUCAUUUUAUGUAUCGCUGUUGUUUUAGUUGUGAUCGUGUUUAGAAGAAUGAGGUCGACUAAAACAAGAUCGGAUCCACCUCCUCAAGCGAGACCUCCAACGGAAAAUUUAUAUCAGAACAACGACAAAGUAGGUCAAAAUUUCACCAACAUCUACGAGAAUCUGGAUCCAAAAGAUAAGCUCAUCUCCAAACCGAAAAGGAAAUCAACUCCUGUGACAAACGCGAAGAAAUACGAAACCAAGACUGAUUACGACACUGAUGACGAAGGCGCAGGGAAUCCCUAUGGUGAUCUGUACAUAAAUGAAGAAACCAUUGCCGAUGUUCCCGUCAGUCAGCUAGAGAGUGUUAUUGCCGAAAAAAAGAAAGAUGAAGAGAAUGGAUUUAAAAGAGAAUAUGCUAUGUUGCCGUACGGGGAACAACACCAGUGUGAUGCCGGAAAGCGACCCGAAAACGUGCCGAGAAACAGAUUUAAAACGACUUUCCCGUAUGAUCAUUCCAGAGUCAUUUUAAAAGGAGAUAAUGGAACAUCGUCUGACUAUAUCAACGCCAAUUACAUCAAUGGAACAGACGAAGAGAAUGAAUACAUAGCUUCACAAGGACCUAAACAAACCACCCUGGUGGAUUUCUGGGCGAUGAUAUGGCAGGACAAUGUUAGUCAGAUUGUGAUGUUGACAAAUCUUAAAGAGGGAGUCAAGAGAAAGUGUACACAGUACUGGCCAGAAGAAAUGAAAACCAGAGCUUUUGGACAAUUUGUGGUCAAAUCUGUGGAAGAGAAAAAAUAUGCGUUUUACGUCAUCCGAAAACUCUCCCUUUCACACAAAGAGCUCAAAAAGUCCCGCGUUGUCACACAAUAUCACUACACCUCCUGGCCGGAUCACGGGACUCCAGAUCCGCUCUGUUUGGUUGUUUUCCAUGACCACGUGACGAGGAGAAAACCCAAUCAAAAUAAAACACCAAUUGUUGUACAUUGCAGUGCUGGAAUAGGGCGGACUGGCACAUAUAUCGCCCUGGAUGCUUUGUAUAAAGCCGGGAAGGUGACGGGCAAAGUCAAUAUAGCGGAAUACGUGAAGACAAUGAGGGCAAAUCGAAUGAACAUGGUCCAAACCUAUGAACAAUACAUGACGGUGUUUCUUGCUCUGAACGAAUACUUUAAAUCUGCUGUUGACACCCAGAGUCUUAAUCAGUUCAUGCAGAAGGCAGAACAAUUGGCGGGAGACCAGCCAGUCAACCAGACGACAAUUAGGAAGGAGUUUGAGCUCUUGAUGAAAAUACGACCUAUGUACACGCCAACAGAUUAUAAAAUUGCUAGCCAACACAAUUCGAACAAAAACGGAUAUGAUUUAUUACCACUUGAGAAGUACAGCUUAUAUCUAACAUCAUCGGUUGCAAAACGUGGAAACUUCAUCAAUGCCAUCCAUGUCCCUUCAUACACAGAUGAUAGGGCCUUCAUAGUGACGAAUUAUCCAUCAGCAGAGGGCGCUGUGGACUUUCUUCGUCUGCUCAAUGACCAUGAAUCCAAUACCGUGAUCUGCAUGGAUCCGUUACGUGAAAUUGAAUCGUCAAAAGCAUGGUUUCCAGAUCCAGGUUCGACUAAAUCCUUGCCGCCUUUUGAGGUGUGUCAUCAGUCUGAAAAUAGCACAGAUGUUAAGAUCACCACAGCACAGAUUUCAAGAGAUGAGGAGAUUCCUCAGAUGAUAACAAUUGCAGAACCACAAGGACCAGUGCAGUCUUCCGGAACUCCUCGUGACACUUCGUUUCUCCGAAACUUAGUGUCAUUUGUUCAGAAUCUCUCUACAGAAUACCCAAUCACUGUUGUCAGCAAAGAUGGCGCCAUGCUGUGUGGUGUUUUCUGUUCGGUGUAUAACGUGAUACAACAACUGAAGAUGGAUGACAAUAUUGACGUCUUUACAGCUGUAUGACAACUACAGACAAGGAGACCAGAAUUCUGUUCUUCUCAAGACGAGUAUUUGUUGGUGUAUAGAGCUGUUUGUGACUACAUCGAGGCUACAUCAGAAAACGUAUACUACAAUCAAUAGAGGAGGAAGGAGCGUGAUGUGUUUUAAUUUCUCAUUUUAUAUUGCCGUUGAUGAUUUGCCAUUUGUCAUAGUGACGUUGAUAAAUGUUUCAUUUGGAAU